CGGUGCUAACUCCCUAUCAGUCUUCCGCGCGAAGGAUCCACGUUCAGACCGGUCGGUGUGGUGGCUGCUGCUAACAGCUCGCUAAAUUGGCGCGUUUUCUUGUGACCAGGAACCUGGCUCCGGCGGACGUUUGUUUUGCAGUUGCAAGGAUUGGUUAAAGAGGUCGCCGUUGUUUGGGUCGUUCGUGCGUGCGUGCGUUUGUUCGUGAGUACGGCUGAGCAACCGUUCGAGGAUACGCGCGAGCAGAAGCAAAUCGGUUCAUCGUAGCUCAACCGUAUCGCGCGCGAGAGAGCAUUGUGCAUUGGAUGCGCUUUUUGUGUUGCCGUUGAUUGCAUUAGAGCGUUGGAGCGGUGAAAGAUUGUUUGUUUCUGAGUGAUGCAUGAUGCUUCUGCAUGCUACAAUGCUUAACGGGAAACAGUGAGCAUAUUCGGGUUAACACUGAUUGAAGAGGCAGGAUAAAUUUACAUGGAAUUAUCGAUAGAUUGAAAUUAUGUCGAUGGGUCGAUAAAUGUGCUGGCUGUUGAAGAUGUGCAGGGAAGAAUAGUGCAGAAUAAUUCUAUUUUAUAAACAUCAUACUAAUAACGAGAAAAUAAUCAAAAGGCAGUCGAAGUGGAAAUUGUUAACCCUAAUUUGAUUCCAGUUGGGUUGAAUAUGCCAAAAGUUUUCUUAUACAGCUCAUUGAAAAGCCGGGCAACGAUACUUUGAAAAGUGGCUUCGCUUCAAAGAGAUUUUGAGAAUAUUGCCGGUAGCCUGGAUAAACUGUCAAGUACAAGCUCGUCAGCGUUCAACGAUUUCAAUCUACCCGGCUGGCGCAAAAGUGUGACUUUGAUUGAAAAGGGUUCGGUUUAUGUUACGGCUCCGUCAAAACAAUUGGAUUUCUCUCUUAUCGUCGGCAAAGCCACUGGACUAAUAUGAUGGAUAAAGGAGCCAGAUGCUGUAGCCUACGGUUGAUAUCAAAAUUAGUGUUGAUACUGUUUGUACAAGGCUCUGCUCCGUCACUCUCGCACUAUGGCGGACGAAAUUACUUGGACGAGGAUAAAUACUCCCCGGGAUUCCUAACGCUGGGACAAAAGUACAGCAUAGCCCUCGGUUCGACGGUGGUGCUGCCAUGCAAAAUUAAUGAGACAGAGAGAUCCGCCCAGUAUGUGCUCGCGUGGAAACGGGGCAUUGCGGUUCUGACGGCGGGUACCAUCAAAGUGACCGUCAACCCCCGGAUUCGGCUGAUGCCGAUGGUGCAAAGUCAGCCCGGGUAUAAUUUGGAGAUCCAGGAUGUGCACAUCGGUGACGCCGGGGACUAUAUCUGCCAGAUCGGCACGAUGGAGGUGAAGGAGAUUGUGCACACGUUGGAGGUGCUGGUUCCGGCCAAGAUUGAUUACAUCUCACCGGCGCACCAGGUGGACGUGCACAAGGGGGCACGGGUGCGACUGGAGUGCAGGGGCUCGGGAAACCCAAUGCCGAGAAUAAUUUGGUCUAGACGGAACAAAUUGCUACCGACCGGCGAUGCAAACCUAACCGAAUCGGUGUUCGAAAUGUCGCAUGUAAAUCGUCACAGCAGUGGGCAUUAUUUGUGCACCGCAGACAACCGCGUUGGACAACCCGACACCAGAGAAGUUGCAGUCAAUGUACUGCAUGUACCGGAAAUUGAGAUAGAGCAACAAACUGUGCACAGUGGCGUUGGCCAUGAAGCUCAACUAACGUGUAUUGUGCAUGCUGAACCUAUGGCCAAUGUAGUUUGGCUCAAAGAGAUGACCGAAGUGGAUACGAGCACCAAACACCAUUCUCAACAGGCCCAUGGCAACAAGCACAGCCUAAUUAUUCGUAAUGUAUCCCGCUUCGAUUUCGGCAACUACACUUGUCAAGCCUCCAACCUUCUGGGCACUGACCGUGGUACCUUACAUCUGAAUGGUCUGCCGUCAAUUUGUCACUUCGAUUCGCCAAUUAUAAGCAACGACCGCGAUCAGUACAACGUCACCUGGUCGGUGGAAAGCUAUUCGCCAAUCGAAGAGUACCGGCUGUUCUUCCGAUUGCAAUCCCCUACCCGACACGCUCUGGACAAUCACAUCUUCUCGCACUCGGAGUUCGCCACGUACGGUUCCGGUGGGUACAAUCCGGGGAACUACUUUGGCGAUGAUCUGUGGGAGAGCGUCUCUAUUCCGCACCUGGUGGACAACAUCGAUGGCGUUUACGGGAGGGGGAUGUACCACCACAAUCCGUACGGUUACCAGCCGGAGGUAAUACAUCGGGCUAGUUUUCAACUGAGGAAUCUCCGUUCCGGAAGCAACUACGAGGCGCGUGUGCAGGCCAGAAAUAGCCACGGUUGGAAUCAGCUGUCGAGUAUUCUUCACUUUUCUACUCGGACGGAGGAAAAAGAACAGGAACCAUCAGCCCAACCAGCCGUGCACGGAUUCAGCUUGCUCGACAAAAGUCGACUCAUAUUUGGGAGCGGAGCCAACAGUUCUUAUUUCCAUAAAACUUCUUACUUGUGUGCCCUUACUCUUGGACUGAUAGUCUCUACCUUUGUAAAGAUGACAACAUUUUAAUUGCCCAUCUGUGGCGCAGACUGAAUUUCUUGGCUUUUCUUCAGAAAUAAUUUAGCGUUUAAAAUUGAAGUAUUUUCUAAGUAAUCAAGUGUGAUUGAAAAUUAGUGUAAAAAACUUGGAAAGAUAAAAUGGUAUUUAUUUGGAAACAUCCGUAAUGCAUGAGCUCAAUAAAAAAGAACAACAACUCAAGAUCAUAAAACAAAUGUAGAAUGCGUUUCCAUUAAUGCGUCAUAUAUGUCGAACACUAAGCAAAUCCACGUGAAAUCGAUAUAAAAUCUCGAUUUAUGCAAUAUUUGACACAAUUGUUCCUUUCCGAAAGUAAUUAGACCAGUUCUUGUUAUUUCCCUUCAUUUUCAGAAAAUUAUACGUUUCCGAAAACUCAUUUUUUUUCAAAACAGUUUUUAAUCUAUUGUUAUGAAAAAAGACAAAGAGUACUACUUUCAAGAAAAUAUACGACACCAUAGGAUUAAUUUGAACUUAAA